AUAUAUAUAACCUUGGAUACAAUCAGUCUAUAGUACGAAGAGUUAUUAUUACGUUGUUGACUAACUAAUGAACUUUGUAAUGGCUAUUACUAAAUAUUUUUUUCCUUUAAAGACGACAGUAUGUAUGUUGCUACUAGCGAAAUCAAUGCUGAAACAGACUGAAGCUCUUAUAAAUAUGGAAUUCCCUGAAGGAUUUCAACUGGGAGUCGCUACAGCAUCUUAUCAAAUUGAAGGAGCCUGGAACACUAAUGGUAAAGGUGUUAAUAUAUGGGAUGUAUUUACUCAUGAUAAUAAAUCGAAAAUAAGGGAUCACAGUAAUGGUGACGUAGCCUGCGAUUCGUAUCAUAAGUAUAAAGAAGAUGUCCAGUUAAUUAGCGAUAUAGAUGCUGACUUUUAUCGAUUCUCACUUAGCUGGUCUCGAAUCUUGCCAAACGGUUUUUCUAAUGUAGUGAACGAAGAAGGACUUAAUUAUUAUAAAAAUCUUAUCGACGAACUACUCGCAAAGGAUAUUCAACCACACGUUACAAUAUAUCAUUGGGAUCUUCCGGAAAAUUUGGAAAAAUUAGGUGGUUGGACUAACGAAUUAAUCAUCGAAUAUUUUGUUGAUUAUGCAAGGAUCGUUUUCAAAGAGCUUGGUCCUAAAGUAAAACUUUUCUAUACCAUAAAUGAACCAGCUAUAUUAUGUGGAGAAGGUUACGGCUCAAUUACGAAAGCUCCAGGGAAAAAUUUAACCGAAAUUGGAUCUUAUUUAUGCAUGCAUAAUGUACUGAAAGCGCACGCCAAGGUAUAUCAUAUGUACGACAAAGAAUUCAGAUCUGAACAAAAGGGAUUGAUCUCUAUCGUCGUAUCGUGUUCCGCAUACUUUGCCAAGAAUGAAAAUGAUUUAGAAGCGGAAGAAAUAGCCUAUCAAUUUCUUUGCGGAUGGUUAAGUCAUCCAAUUUAUUCGAAAACCGGUGAUUAUCCAGAAAUUAUGAAGAAUCGUAUAGCAGAAAAUAGUAGGAUUCAAGGAUACUCCAAAUCAAAAUUGCCCGAAUUCACACCAGAAUGGAUUGAAUAUAUACAAGGAACUUCAGACUUCUUCGCCUUAAAUCACUAUACUUCUAAUCUGGUCGAAAUUGUACCAAAGGGACCGAACGAUCCUUGGUACGGAGAGAGCGGAGUUAAAUUUAGCUACGAUCCAAAAUGGCCAUCCUCUGGAUCAUCGUGGUUAAAGAUAGUUCCUGAGGGAUUUAGAAAGAUUCUUAAUGUAAUAAAAAAUAAAUACAAUAAUCCACCGGUUAUUAUUACGGAAAAUGGUGUUUCCGACGAUGGUACAUUGAUGGACAAAAUAAGAAUUAAUUAUUUUUCUGAAUAUCUUAAGGCUAUGCUGCAAGCUAUAUAUGAAGAUGGUUGUAACAUCAAAGGUUAUACAGCUUGGAGUUUGCUAGACAACUUUGAAUGGGAAAAUGGCUACCUUGAAAAAUUUGGUCUUGUCCAAGUUGAUUUUGCAUCUCCCAACAGAACGAGAACUCCCAAAAUGUCAAUGGAAUGGUACAAAAAUGUAAUCAAACAACGGAAAAUAACUAAUUUUAUACCAAAUACAAACAAAUACAAUAUUGUAUCUGCUCGUUAAAGUAAAAUAUGUAUUUUCUUAUGAAUUGUCACUAUAAUAUGCGUUUGAUUUUAUUCAUAUAUAUAAAAUUGAAAAUAUUGUACUUUAAAAAAAAAGAAUGGUUUGUACAUAGAUACAGAAUCUUAUAUAUUUGUUACAUAAUAAACUAUUGACUUAUUUUAUUA